AGAGGAUCAGAUGAUUGACGACUCGUACAGCCAUAGCAUCGACAAUAAGACAAUACAUAACGACGUGUUAAUAAUCAAUUUGACGAGAAGUGACUUGAAUGCCAAAUACUCGUGUCAGGCAUAUCACCCCAACUUCACGGCACCCAUACAGACAUCCGUGCGAUUAGACAUUAACCUAAAACCAUUGGACAUCCGAUUAAAUUCGCUGGAUGGUCAAUUAUCAGCGGGGGGUAGUGUGGAGCUCGUAUGCAAUACAGGGGGCAGUAGACCCCCGGCCAAGAUUACCUGGCUUAGAGAUAACCGUCCAUUAAGUCAUUCCAGUGAACGCACAGAAACUGUGGGAAACCUGACGACAAGUGCCAUUACAUACACGCCAUCGGCCGAAGAUCACGGCGUUUAUCUGUCGUGUCGGUCGGAAAAUACACGACUGGCCAACAGUAGCAUUGAAAUCGGAUAUACACUU